AUGGAGAAGUUGAAACCUUUGUGCAUUGCUAGUGAGAAUGUAAAUGGUGUAAACAUUAUGGAAACAGUCUGGCGAAAAUACAAAACAAAUCGAGACAACGCGUUGACCUCAGCCCAGAGAGCUGGGGCGGCGCGGCGUCUGGAGCUGGGUUGGCUCCGCGUUCUGGACUCCCGGCUCCGAGGAGCAGCGACGGUGGGCGUGGCGGGAAGGACCUCAGGUCCAUUCCCGGAGCGCUAUGCAAACGACAUGCAAAUCAGCGCGUGUGAGCCUCAGCCGGCCGUCCGAGUCCGACCCCAAGUGCCGCGCUCUCAGUGUCGGCACACUCUGCGCUUUCGCUCCUCGCUGUCGCACUUGCUCUGUCGCCGGCCGCUCACCCUUGUCCCCUCCGGCCCGCCCGGGACGCGCCUCACCGGCUCCCCGCACCGCCGGCUCUGCCGCCCGUGGCCGAGCGAGCCUGGGGCCCGCGCUGCGCGCCUGCAGCAGGGGCUCCCCGGCCGAGCGCGGUGCCUUGGCUACCCGGCCGCCUUCGCUGCGCGGGCACUGGCCAAGAGGCUCCCAGGCGGCCACCCCUGCUGCAGUCCCGAGCAACCUCAGGAGCUUCCUGGUCAGGGGCUCCCCAAGCCCAAGGGAGGCGCACCUCCAGGACAUCCUGCCUUGUGUUCCCAGCCCAGUUGCCACAACAAAUAG